AUGCACCCACCAUUUGCCGAAAGUCUGGAAUUUGCGGGGAAGCAACUCGAUAUACGCCUACGUGAGGAGCAACAAGCCACCGGAUUGUGCGCCUUUGUCUACGCACUACAGAGUGGGGGGAAAAGGGAAAGUUUAAUGAUAAGUGUGACAUCGUUGAGUCCAGGUCACCGAAGUGUCCACUCUCGUGGUCUUGCUAAGUCCGAUGUUUCAGUCUUUCACAUGGCUUCAGAACGCUCCAGUUACUUCCCACAAACCAGAGACUUUGGAGAUUCCAGACGAUUAAAAGACGAAGCCUGUUUGAUGAAGUCUCAAUAUAAAUUCGACACUCAACAGAAUCUGAGCCAAGAAGAACGCGCAUUGGGUGGGCUUGCUGGGUUCUCCAACCUUCUUCCAAUGCUUCAGUCCCUACCAAGAUGA